AUGGGAGAUAAACCUGAAAAUUCUGAUGCCAACAUACCAAAGCAGCUUGCCCCCUUGCAUUCGGUCUAUACCGUGACAGACAUUCAGAAGAAAGUUCGUGUACUCGAUGGAACCAACGUCACGUACUCUGCGUGGGUCAAGCUUUUUCAGCUUCAUGCACGUGGAUACGAGGUUUUGGACCAUAUCACCUCUGAACCGCCUUCUAAAGAUGAUCCCACGUAUACUCAGUGGAUGAAAAUUGAUGCUAUCGUCCUCCAAUGGAUUUAUAGCACCUUGCCCCAGGACUCUCUCCUUCGGGUUCUCGAAUCCGAAUCCACUGCUCUUCAAGCCUGGAACAGAGUCAAAGCAAUCUUUCAUAACAACAAAGGACCUCGAUGUGCUACCUUACAAACAAAAUUCAUGAACCUCAAGCUAAGAGCCUGUCCUUCUUUGGAAGCUUAUUGUCAGACACUGCGGGAUUUGGCUGCCCAAUUGGAUGAUGUAGGCAGCCCUGUGAAUGAACAAUCUUUGGUGCUACAACUUGUUCGGGGUUUCCCUCGAGAAUAUGAUACUAUUGGUUCCAUCAUCAACCGUGAAAUUCCCUCAUGGAACGAAGCCUGUGAGAUGCUUCGUGGCGAUUUGGAAAGACAAGCUGCUCGUGAUGAAAUCGCGCCCACUUCUGAGGUGCAUGCUGCUGUUCAGCCUAAUUCCCGUCGUGAUGGUCCUACCCAAGACGACCAACCUGUUCGUAACAACUCUGGUCCACCCCGGUUUGGUCAGAACUAUGGCCCGAACCGUCGUGGUGGCCCACGUCAUGAUAACCCAGCCCACAGCCACACUUAUUCGAACGCUGGCCCACAUCCGGGAUCUGGAAACUCUGGUCCGACCCGUUACAGGUCUGGGUCCGGUUCUAAUAACCGAAGUCAAUCCAACCGCAACCCACCAAGACACUCCUGGAACCCAUCCUUUUACCCACCGAUGCCACCACCUUACUGGACCAACUCGUUAUGGACCACACCACCACCCCCAUGCCCCAACCCAACCCAACCGGGUUGGGUUUCACCCUGGACAGCCCCGCAGUAG